AUGAUCCGUGUAAUAUCGCUAUUUCUUGUAUUUGUGUCGUUAGCUUCGGCCAAUAUAUUUGACUUUUUGAAUAACAACUUUGCCGGUAGGGGCCAGCAACAAGGAGGACAAGUUCAGACUCCAGAACAAUAUGAAAACGCAAUUUUGAACACCAACUGCGGAAAAUACGUCUGUCCCGAUACGGGGAUGUGUGUAGAAGCUCCCAAGUUUUGCCCCUGUCCAUAUCCAUCGUCACAAUUAAGAUGCUUUUUGCCAGACGGUCGCUACUUGUGUAUUUCCAAACCAGCCGGAGAUAUUUCAGCCAAGUACGAUGAUCCUAAAUCUAACUGGAAAGUGGAUGCCAAAGAUGAUAACAUCAGAGACUGUGGGUGGGUUAGCAGAGCUUGGAGAGGACUUGUAUAA